AUGGUCAACAUUGCCUUCAGCCAAGUGCCAGGAAAUUUUAUGAAGGUAGAUAUGAGAAUGUAUGAGCCUGGAUGCACGUUUGAUGGUGUGUUUGCGAUUCUCUCCCUCUUCCGGCUUUCGCCUGGCGAAAUAUACUCGAUGUGCUGCAAGUUUUCUGAAUGGCUGAAGCCCGGUGGGUAUUUGGUUAUUGGGGUGACCCCGAGUACAGACCUACCGCCGGGUGGGUACAUUCAUGACUCCACAUGGGAUUGCACGCGACAAAUGGGGAAGCCAUGGAUGAACCACUACAGCGACGAAUUGGUUUUUUUUUUUUUUUUUUCUGAGGAGCGAUGGAAGAGAAUUCUCCGAAGCGUUGGGUUCGAGAUUGAGUCAGAGUCUCGCUAUUCCUUCACCCCAAAAGAUCUAGAGUUCAAUCACGCAGAGAUUCACUAUCUUCAACUAGCAAGAAAGGUUGAAAACCACCCGCUUCUAGGGCCAUAUCCGCGGCCGACUAAAGCUGAACUACAUCGAAUGCCCCGUGCUGCUACUCCGCCGAGGGCCUACAUGCUAAAAAAACAGUUCACGAGACUGCAAGACUGGGUGAGCACCAAGCCAAACAUUCGCAUGUUUGACGGUACUAUAGAAAAGCUGCCAUUCUCGACAGAACAGUUCGACAUUGUCUUGGUAUCGUGGCAACUUGAGUUUGCCGCGGGCAUGGAAGCAGCGUUGGGAAAGAUUUUGCGUGUUACCAGAAAGAACAAUUCAUCUCGGAUACUGGUCAUCCAGGGAGCACCAGAUAAUGAACUUAUCCGCUUUCUUAACACGACUUCCGGGCUUCCCAACGUACAACACCAAGGUUUUCUUCUCCAUUUUGCCAAAGAGUACUUUGCAAGGCAUGGAUUUGUCAAGGCUACCAUGAGCCAUAUCAAGCACACCAUAUCUUCCCCGACGAAGAUAUAUCCAAGAGAUGCAGAGCAGCUGUUGAUCUCCUUGCUGGGAACAUGGUUUCCGUAG